AUGGCGGAACAGAACAACUUCGCAAUGCGCCGCUCGAUGCCAGCGCGCGGGCACGCAACUGCACCCACCUUUGACUCUAGCGAGCCGCGGAACCUCCGCCGGUUCUUCCAGGACCUCGAGACACUUUUUGAGAUCACGGGUGUAAUGGACCCGAAGCAGCAGAAGAAAUGGGUCACGCAGUACGUGCCGAUCAAGGAGUCGGAGUUCUACGAGGAGAUGGCAGAAUUCAAGGAUGAGACGAAGACCUUCAAGGAGUUCCACUCCGCAAUCUACGCAGCGCACCCUGGGGCCAGCGAAACGCGGAAGUUCUCUAACGCGGAAGUUGACCAGCUGCUGGAGAGCCGUAGUAGGGCGCCGAUCACAACCAGCAGCGAGCUCGGCGAGUUCUAUAGGCCGUUUUAUGCGAUGACGUCCUACCUGAUCCAGCAAAACAAGAUGUCCGCAUUCGAACAGUCGAGACUGUUCGUACGAGGACUCUGCAAUCCGCUCCGCGACCAGGUCUCACAGCGACUGCAACUCAAGGACCCUGACCACCACCUGGACGAGGCCUACGAGCUGGCUAAAGUCUACGAAGUUGCGAAGUUCAUUCUGCACGGAACGACGGCCGUGUCGUACCAGGUGAUGCCAGCCAUUCCCCAGACCGCGGUGCCCGCGGACAAUACGAGCAUUAAGGUGGAGGACCUCGCACCGCUCUUUCACCUCCUUGCGCAAGGUGGCAACAACGCAAAUGCCGCCACGACUGCAAACCGCUUUCUAGGGCCCCUGAACGCCGGUGCACACCCCGCGCCUAACUAUCAAGGCAUGAUGCAAGGGGCACAAGGCUUUCAGCAGGGAGGGAACGGUUUUGUGACGAACGCGCUGCCCAACAGCUUCUGUCACUUCUGCGGGGACGCGAACCACAUGCUGUGGAACUGCCCAGCUGCGGAAACCAAUAUCCGCGAAGGGAAGUGUUCGCAAAACCCGGAAGGUCUAAUUGUGCUUCCCACUGGCCAAUUUCUUCCGCGGCAGCUCCCCGGAUUUGAUGGCUUGACUAUGCGCAAUCGGCUCUAUGAAUGGCAUCGGCGAGAGCGUGUUCGCCAAGGCCAGAACCCCGCGCCGGCGGCCCAAAUGGUGUUUGCGAUCACGGAGGACAUGGAACCGUGGGCUAGCAGCUUCCAGUUCACAGCGGAGGAUCGUAUCCAGCAGUUGGAGCACGAGCUCUACAUGCUCAAGAGGGGGAAGGAACACUUUGACGGCGUGGAGAUACCCUCGUUCCAGAAGCCAUCCUUCGCACCUCCAAAGCCUAACGCUGCUGUGCUGCCUCCUCGGCCGGUCCCUCUGCAUCUCAAACCUGCACUGCAAUUCCGCGAAACGGUAGCGGCCGGGGACCGCGAACGGUCCGUACACGACACCACUAUCCGCACCACAGAGAACCAGGUGCCUGAGCAGCCACGACCGCAGGAGCGCCCCGGGACCCCGUACCGCGCACCGGCGGAUCAAGGUGUGCCACUGCUACCGGAGCACCCCUUCGCGAAAGCGCGCGAUGCGACUUACGCGCCUCCGAAUGUGCGCGCCUUUGGAGCGCCACCUGCGAAACCGAAGGAACAAGAGCGCAACGACUCCCGUGAUCACGUCUCGACGGAGGAGCUGCUCUCGCUGGCACCGGAGGUCCGCGCGAAGUUCCACGAAGCGGUCACCCCACGACGAGUCCCACCCACGGGGCAGCAAACUGUCGCGUUCGCCAGCGUUGGAGGGGCUCAGGGAGCGGCCGAAACGGAGCAGGAGGAACUCUCGUGUUUUGGGACGCCGCUAGAGCCUGGUGGCUUCGUUCUCCCCGACCUUUAUGACGUCUACCUCCGCGAUGUAGCGCCAUCUGGAGAGAGUCCUCCGCUGAAGAACGCGAAGGAGUUGCACGCGUUGUGGUCGAUCGUCGGCCUUGUUGAUACCAAGGAGUACGUGGAAGCGAUCGUCGACCCUGGCUGUAUGAUCGUCGCGAUGUCAGAGCACGUGUGUCACCACCUCGGACUAUUGUACGACCCCACAAUACGGCUGAACAUGCAGUCCGCGAACGGAGAGGUCGAGAAAUCGCUCGGACUGGUGCAGAACAUGCCGUUCAAGGUCUCGACGAUUGUCGUUUACCUACAGGUCCACGUCGUUUGCAAUGCGGCGUACGACAUGCUGCUUGGAAGGCCCUUCGACGUUCUAACCAAGAGCGUCAUCAAGAACUUUGACAACGAAGACCAGACCAUCACUAUCAAAUGCCCCAACACUGGACAAAUCGCAACGAUCCCCACCAUUCCACGGGGACGUGCUCGUUUUCGAGCCCGUCCUAACCCCGAGCCUGUCCGACCCGAGCCUACUAUUUGA